GCGAGCUAUCAAGAUGCGAGACACCCGACAGGAGCUCCGGAGUGAGCGGAGGAGCUGCUCGGUCCUAAUGAGUCCGUCUCUGAGCUCCACACAUCAAGGACACAACCUCACCGUUUCAUGGGCAUCUGACUUUCUGGGAUAAAAAUCCUUCAGCUUCACUAAAAGGCUACUGGACUUCUCUUUUUGGUCCUGAAGAUGUUACACUCACCGUGACCUGGAUGUGUGUGUACAUUACACUAAAUGCUUCGUGUAAUCAAGUGAAAGGUGUUGGAAACACCUGAACUGUGUUCACUGUCAGACUAAAAGUCAGGGAGGUGUGGGAGCUGUCAGUGCUCUACAAAGCCAUCACUACCCGAGCGGACCUCACUGGAGCCCGGGCAUCGGCCAGUACCAGCAGCACCAGCAGCAACAGCAGCACCAUACGGCCCGCAGCCUGGACCGGGCUCUGGAGGAUGCCGUGUGCUCCGGGAUCCUCAACCUGAGCGGGAGGAAGCUGAGGGAGUACCCGGGGAUGAGCUACGAUCUGACGGAUACGACACAAGCAGAUCUGUCCAAGAAUCGUCUCACAGAAAUCCCCCCAGAAGUGUGUCUGUUCGCCCCCCUCGAGUCCCUCAACCUCUACCACAACUGCGUCAAAUGCAUCCCAGAAGCCAUCAUCAACCUUCAGAUGCUGACUUAUCUCGACAUCAGCCGAAAUCUCCUGUCAGUCUUGCCAAAAUACUUGUUCAACCUUCCCCUCAAAGUUCUGCUUGUGAGCAACAACAAGCUUGUGUCCAUUCCUGAAGAGAUUGGCAAGGCCAAAGAGCUGAUGGAACUGGAUGUGAGCUGUAAUGAGAUCCAGGUGCUGCCAGCUCAGGUGGGGAGGCUUCAAGCCUUGCGAGAACUCAACAUCAGGAAGAAUUGUCUUCACAUGCUGCCUGAGGAGUUGGCUGAUCUGCCCCUCAUCCGACUUGACUUCUCCUGCAAUAAGAUCACAGAGAUUCCUCCGGCCUACAGGAAACUCAGGCAGCUGCAGCACAUCAUCCUCGACAACAAUCCUAUGCAGUCUCCACCCGCACAGAUAUGUCUCAAGGGCAAAGUACACAUAUUCAAGUAUCUGAACAUCCAGGCGUGUAGAAUGGACAAGAAACCAGACACACUGGACCUCCCUUCCCUCGGCAAACGCUGCCUUCCACAGCCGCUUACAGAUAGCAUGGAAGAUUUUUAUCCCAGUAAGAACCACGGGCCUGACUCUGGAAUUGGUAGUGACAAUGGUGACAAGAGGCUCUCUACAACAGAGCCUUCAGAUGACGACACAGUCAGCCUGCACUCUCAGGUUUCAGAGACAGCCCGGGCUGAUGCCCUCUCACUCCUCUCCAAAAUGGAUUCUUGCAAAGAUCAGGAUCUCUAUGACUUUAUAGAGCCCAACCCCGAUGAGGAUCCUGCUCUGUCAGAGUGUGAUGGGCAGCAAAGCAGUCAUGUGUCUUGUAUAAAGGAACUGGAAAAAGUUCUUAACAUGUCUCACCAAAGCAAAGAUAAAGACUGCUGGAAAGAGGAGUCAGGUUCUGAUAAGGAGCAGCUAGUUGAGGAAGAGGAUGAUGAACUGAAAGAAGUGCUGGAUCUGAGGAAGAUCGCUGUUCAGCUUUUGCAGCAGGAGCAGCAGAACAGACGGCGGUCUUUAAUUUGCAGAGCAGAGAGUCUCAUUCACCGACGGAGAGUGACAGGCCGGGCACACAGAUUCCUCAGUCACUCUGGAAGCUCCAGCAGCAAACCGAGGCUCCCACCUCAGACCGCUCGCAGUGCUUCUCUGGAUGAAGGCAGCAGUGGAGCAUCAGUGCUGAGCGGACAGCCUUCCUCUUCGUGCUCGUUUGACGGCAGCUUGAAGACUGAUCAGUCAGACUCAGAGCCAAAGUGGCCUGAAGUCCCACCUGUUCUCAAUCAGAAUGAAGACCGCAGGCGGAACAAGUACCUGAGAAAAGAUUAUCUGAAGUAUAAGUGUCAGAGUGCCCGUAAAAACUCCAGCGGGAAUGAUGACUGUGAGGAGGGUUUGCGGAACACUGAUUUCAGCACCACUCUGACAGUGUUUGGACUAAAGCCGAGAUCAGCCUUCACCAGAGGAAGCCGGCAGGAGUACGCCUCGACCGACCCCAGCUUCACGAUGAGGAGGAAGAUGGAGCACUUGAGGGAGGAAAUGGAGCAGAUAGGACUCUUACGGCAGAACAUCGAGUCCAGACUGAAGGUGCUGCUUCCAGACGAUGUUGGAGCUGCUCUCAUGGACGGAGUCGUUCUUUGCCAUUUAGCCAAUCACAUUUGUCCUCGGUCUGUCGCCAGCAUCCAUGUACCAUCACCUGCAGUGCCAAAGCUUAGCAUGGCAAAAUGCCGCAGGAACGUUGAGAACUUCUUGGAUGCCUGUAAGAAGCUGGGUGUACCGCAGGACCAGCUCUGUCUGCCACAUCACAUCCUUGAAGAGCGUGGUCUGGUGAAGGUGGGCGUAACCGUCCAGGCUCUGCUGGAUCUGCCCACAUCCAAGUCCACGCAGCUGUCGGCUGUUUGACACGAGCCUGAAUGUUGCGUCCGAACUGCAGUCAUCCAGCACACCUCUGUUUCUAGCCCAAACCUGCACCACAUCACCAGGGACCAGAGAGCCCCUCGGGGCGAGGACCCAGUGGCUUUUGGGCUUGUUGGAGUCUGCUUCUGCCUGACUGAAACAGGAGACAGGGGGGUGAAAUGCCUCUGUCUUCUAAUAUGAUGUCAGCCACGCCCUCUUCUGCUCCAUCGCAUUUUCUCUUGCAUCCUGUUCCUUGUUACUGGGGUCAUCCUGUAUCUGUGUGGACUUGAGCUGUGACAGUGAGUUUCCUGAGCUGCUCAGUUAACAUUUGCUCACAGACAUGACAGUGGGUCUAUAAGAAGACCUGCACAAAUGUAUCAACAGUGAUUAUUGAGUCUGCAAGUGCCAGAACAGAUAACUUUUCCAUGCUGAUGUUGGACACAUUGGCAGUGAGGAGAUGACAGACGCAUAACUCACUUUUUCACUAAAGAGGACUGAGCUGCCUCGCAGCCACAAACUACUGAGUGACCUCAUUGAUUUCUUACACUUGAGUUUCUUUUUUGUGGAAUUUAUUUUUGCCACAAAAAAAAGGACUUUUGGAAUUUAUUAGUGUUUGUUUUUUUACACACUUCAUCAGGUCCUUACUUUAUUUACUUUUGCGCAGCCAAGCCUGAUUCAUGGGUAUUUAUUUGCUAUGUACUGCUGCUGAGCAACUGCAUCUCCACUGCUUUUUUCAGAAAAAAUGCAAGCAAGGAUUGGAUUUGGUGUUAUCUUUUGGGAAAUCAUGCUACAGUAGACGUUCUGCCUGUUUUACCGAAACUCUGGUGUGGCUUUAAAAUCUUUAAACCACUGUACAAAUCAUGUGUAACUCUAUAGCAAAGUUCUUUCUCAGUACAAACCCGCAUGCACCAUUGAUCACUGUGAUAACGUGCUUGGCUGUUGCCAAAAGCAGAACAUCUUCUUUUGUAGCAUUUUUUUUCCUGUUCACAUGCAAGUUUUUCUCGUUUUUGUUUUUGUAGUAUUCUGUAUAUUAACUUUUCUAAAAGUUUUAUACUUUCUCCCCAGUCGUUGCCAAUUAUCACUGGCCAUUUUUGUGGAGUUCACAGCAUAGAUUUGCUGUGAACUGUUGUACUUAAAGCAGUGAGGAUUUUAUCGCUUUGCAUAACCUCUGAUGAAAUGUGUUUAUACUGUAUGUGUUUGUGAGUGGAGGUGUGAGUGACGGGCCUCUGGAGCAGAAACGUGUUCAGUGCUGCCAAGAGGCAAACCUUCCUCACAUGGCCUUAUCCUACCGCCAUGCCACCCUGCUGUAAGUGGUCUCUGAUAUACUUCAUUUUUUCAGGGAAAUUAUAUUAUUUAUGUAUUUAUUUAAUAGUUUUAUUUGUACAUGUUGUUUCUUUGUGUGUCUCAGCACAGACAUUUUGAUCUCUUGUAUGUUUUUUGGCUGGGCUAUACAGUUCAAUGCAGCAGCUCUGAGAGUUCAAUGCACUGUAACUUGAGAAGACACAUGCAAACACAUAAAGAAAGUAGCUCUGCAAAUUUCACAAUAAAGGUCCAGCAGUUCAGAAACGUGCUGCAAAUAGCACCCAGUACAAGAGAGAUGUUUUCGAAGGGAAAAAAAACAAAUGGAAAAUUUACAUAUUGUCCAACACGUCUGACAGAAAGCAGACACAUGCAUUACAGUGCCUCUAAAACGUGUUCAUCCCUCGUGGAAGUUUUUCCCUUUUAUUGCUUUUGAGCACCGAUAAUUAAGUAAUUCUUGCUGUUCACUUGAUGCCUGUGAAACUUGACAGAGCUUAAGGAGUUUUGCAAAGAAGAAUGUGGUAAAAUUUUAGUGUCCAGAUGUGCUGAGCGGAGUGACACCUACCAAGGGGGUGAAUACAUGUAUAACAGCCUAUCUUACAUUUUGCAUUUUUAUUUAAUUGGCAUUCAUUUGUAGAAAUCUAUUUUCACUUUGACAUGAAAAAGUGUUUUUUUUUUUGUCAAUUCUUGUCAUUAAAGCCAAAUUAUAUUGACCAGUAUUCAGUGAUGGAAAAGGACAACUUUCAAGGGGGAUAAAAAUGUUUCAUAGGCAGCGCAGGUGAAUUAAAACACAUUGGUGACAGCCAUCAUGCAUUCCCUCAGGCAGGUGUGGUGUGCCAUUCAUUUUAAUAUUAGGUCUCCAACAUGUACUUGUGGUUUGAUUCACCGACUCUGGCAUGACAGUAAUUUGACUGGAAAUUAAAGUUAAGUAUCUCUUUGGUUAAUUCUAAAUAUAAGUAUUCUAAUUAAACUAUGAAUUAAAAGUGACAGCAAAGGCGAUGCCGGCCAAAUGAUCUCUGUUUCUGUGCUUUCAUGGUUUGUAGCGAUAUUUCCUUGUUGCUAAGCAUGUCACGCAGCAGAAAACAGAUCCAAACUGUGCUGAUUUGUGGACAAUAUCUAAUUUGCAGUCCACAUCAUUUUUAUGCGUAGGAUGGAGAUGAUGCACAUGAAACUGAGGUAUGUCAUGCUCCAUUUUCCAGACUGUACUGUAUUUGAAAAUGCAUCUGUGAAGAAAAGCUGCUUCAUGACCUGCAUCGACUUCUGUCAGUGACUUGCUGAUACGACAUCAAUUAAACGGCUUCUGAUGGCCCAGGCUUUGCUACUUCAGCUGUGGCUGCUGAAGGCUGACACAAAUUCCCAUUUUUACAAACUACACACAGUGUUUCGAGCAGAUUUUGGUGCCAAGGGAGGAGCUAGCAAAGCAACAUGCAAAAUCUUUAGUAGCCAAAACAUCCAAGGACAACCGUACUUUGAUGACCAUUUCAACACCUUGAAAGUCAUCAGACAUCAUUAUGACGUGGCAUAUUGUGCCUUAAAGGGGAGUUAUCUUUUGUUUUUUUCUCUUAUUAUUUCACAAGUUUCACCUGUAUUUUUUUUUUCUUUUAAUACAUGAAUUGAGCUUUUAUCUAAUUACUUCCCUGUACAGGAUGCUUUAGAUUGUUUAGCAAAAACAGCUUCUUUGUUGAUGAGCUGAUUCACUACAUUGAGUUAGCUGAAGUGGACUGGUCACUGUUAAAAAACCCAUAGUCUGUUGGCUUGUAUUUGAGGCUUGAUUCACCCACUCUGGUGCUAAAUUUACCCAUUUACUAUUACUGGUUAGAUGUUCCGAUUAGGAUGCUCUUCAAGAGAAACUCUGCUUCCUCUGAAUGGGCUGUAUUUACUGACUUUGUGCCGUCAUAUUCCAAAGAAAAGAUGCCACAGAGAUACAAGACAAUUCAGAGCUUCCAGUUUAUCAGAUCUUAUGUGUGCAAUAUACACAGCUCACCACAGAGACUCAGGUCACAGCCUUUUCUUAUGCAGACAAAACCCGUGGAUAUCAAUGAAUGACUGUACUAAUCUGAUCUGUUUUUCUGGCUACAUGCAGUCAUAGCCUCUAGAAAUACCACUGCAUUGUGUUCUGCUGCUGCAGACAGGUCAUCUUUUAUGGUCCUGGCUGCCUUUUAUUUAUCAAAGAAGCAGCUUUUUAGAAGAUCGACACAUUUCAAGAGAAAUGUUCAACAGUGGGCUACAUCAUAAAACAUCAAAUGUUUGUAUUCAAGGCAUUUAUCACCAUGUGAGAUUCAUUUAUUCUGCGACACUAUACAUCUAAAAUCUGAAAACAAACACCCAACUUGUAGCACACUGUCCUGUGUUAGCAUUACAGAGCCUGGAUGGGCUUAUCUGAACCACAGAAGUCACAGGCUUCAGCACUGAUGGUAGCAUUGUACCUUCUCAUGAUCUUCAUCGGUGUAUAUUUACAGAUUUCGAAGAAAGAAAGUGACCUGACACCUGAACCCAAUUCUAGCAUGCUGUGUUCAAUUUUGGGGGCUUAAAUAAUUCUUGUUAAAAGUCGAACAUAGUUGAAAAUGUCUGGCCACAACUUACUGUAUGUAAACACUCGUGUUUUUGAAACUAAAGACAGUUAGUUUAUGAUUUAGAGUAAUUGGAAAGGAAAGCUGAAAAGAACCUGGGGCAGUUUUGGAACUGAAUUUGAAUGCAUUGUUACGAUUCUGGCGCUGUAUGCACAAUAUUAGUAUUUUGUGGCUUCGUCAUCAUUCAUGAUGUUGUUUUGGUUGUGGUUUUCCAUGGGAUUAAUGAUCUUCCAUUAAAGGUGAAUCAAAGAACAAACAGGUUUUAAAUUUUCCCUCCCGAAGAAAGAGGUCAAACCAUCCAAACCACCUUCUACUAAAGCUGGAAUGAAUGUGUACCUACAUGUAACUGGUGUUAUCCCCAUAAAAGAUACAAUAGAUGCAAUGACUUCAUCUGUUGAAAAUAAUAAGUGUCUGGAACAGAGGCAUUUAAUCACUGUGCAGUUAGUCCAACUGCUAGACAUGACUUACCUCUUGUGUAUUUUCUUGUGCACACACUGUACGUCUGGGUGUGUCAGAACUCCCCACUGUUUCAGUCCAAGUAAACAGAAUAGCUUUAUUACUGAUGUUCAUUCAUUGUAAUUACCGUUGGCAUCUACACUAUCAAUAAAUCACUCCUCUGCCGGCACAUUCAAUCUGUUAUUUAAGUGUUAAAAAAACAGUUAGUGUUUUUGUUGUACAGACUUACGAUAUACAACAGAAGUGCACUUAAAGGUCAAGUGAUUCAACCUUAUAUACAAGUCUUGAUACAAGUCGAACAGUAAGGUAUUUGUUUGUAUGUAAAAUUAAAAAUGAGCAGAUUAGGUUUACUCUAUUUAAAAUACAGGCCCCAUAGUGUAGGAACUUCAUGCAAUGAAAGUCAAUCCACCUUUUAUUACUGAGAUUUUUUGAUUUAUUCUUUUAUGUCCACCGGUAAUUUUGAUGACAAACACAAACCUACAUGCAUGGAGGAUCUAACUUUCAAAUUUCCAGAGAUAUGUUCUUUUCAUUCUCCAGAAACAAUUUGUGCUUACUGCUUAUUGCUGCAGAGGUUGUGUUGUGUUGCAUCUUUUCUCUUUGAAGUACCUUCAGGGCGUUCUGUUGGAUUCAAACAAAGUGACAUACUUGGCCAGCUGACAGUUUUUCUUCUUUAGAAAGCCUCUUGGGAUUUUGAUACCUGUGCUUUGGUACAUCUGCAGACACUCAUGGAGCCAUCUAUAAACGUCAUCUCCCCUUUUGCACUCCAUGUCAUCACACUUACACUUUUGUGCUUCCUGUUAGGACAAUGCACUCAUUGUAGUAGUAAACAUAAAUGUUCCGAAACCUCAUCUGGCCAAAGAAUGUGCUCCAAAACUCACUAGACUUCUCUUCAUGUUCCUUAGCAAUAUUUCAUUUUGCUGUUUUGUACCAAGCAGCAAGGUUUUUUUAAUGGUAUUCAUCGAAAAACACAAUAAGCAUCAUCCUUUACACUGCCUAAGCUGUCAUAGAAACUCUUGAUUUUCAAGUGUGAAGCACUUUUCCAUCUCUGAAAACAGAGCUAGAUUGUACAAGUAGUGCACUGUCAGUGGCGUCAUUUUAGGACAGCCAAUGCAGCUCUUACUAGUGGUACUAUUACUUGUUCAAAAACGGCUGAUUUCUGCUACAACUGUAUUUUGAUUUUUAGUUCAGUAAUUCCUCUAUGUCCAUCUCCAUUAUUGUGUAGUCUGACUGUAAUUUUUUUAGGUCCUUUGGCAGUCUUUUGACAUGUGGCGCCGUGAUGCAGACAUGCUGAUAGACAUGGCUCAUACGUCCUAAGUUGAGAAAGUUCAGGUGUUACCAGAUCAGUUAGUAAUCAUGUUAAUGCACAGGUGUAUUCACAUUUUGUUGUUUUGUGAUCACAGGUUUUCUAACUUGGGUGUGUUCACUUUUGUUGCACUGAUUUUUUAUUUUGGGGCCUGUAUUUUCAAUAUGGUGUCUCUACUGGAUUUGGUUUUGAUUCUUUAUAAGAGUUCAAACUCUUCUUGUCAACUUGAAAUAAUUCAGUUAUUGAUACAAUUUUGAAUUGUUUGACAUUUAAUUGAUAUUGUACUUUUUCUGUAUGCUGAACUUCUAAGUGUGGGGCUCCAACUCCUUGCUUUGAUGUCUAUGUGAGGUACCACCUUAGUAGAAGAAGUGUGCAGUUUGCUUUGAUUCAAACAAAGGAAAUCACAACAGCCCUGAUCUCUGUUGUCUGUGCAAUGUAACUAUGUCAUCAACACACUGAUGCCUUAUUCUUGUUUUACGUGCAAACACUACUGAAUGCCAUGCCCUUUCUUUUAUUAGUUGUACUGAAAAUGAACCAAGUGCCAAAUCACGAAUUCAUUACUUCAAGGGUAUCGUUUCAUCGCAGCAAUGAGUAUCUGAGUAGAAUAUCAUGCUGGUGCCACUGUCUGACAACUGCAGACACAAUGAAUCACCUAGAUGCACUUGCAAAAUAGAUGGUCUGUGUACUUAUUUUCCUCCAGCCAGAUGUCUGUUUGUCUGUUGGUAUAAUUUUUACUAGGUGGCACAAACAUUCCUCCUGUUUAUACAGGAUGAGAAGAAAUCUUGCAACAGUGGUUUCUGAGGUACAGCUGAAGAUAAAGUUUUGCUGGCUGUAGUCAUACAAAUCAACUGUGUACCUUCAAAAUAUCCAGUAAUUUUAAUGGGGAAUGUCCUCAUUGUGCUUCCACAUACAGUACAAUAUCUUUUUGGUGAGAGGACAGUACCACAAAGGGAAAAUGUCACACUAAAAAGACCAAAAUGAAGAAAUACACAUGAUAUUUUCAAUCUUUUCUAACUUUGGCCGACCUUAAGGAGAUAUUUUCAAAGAGAACAAAGACUGUCUAUUCUCUAUUACUUCUGAAGGCCACUCAACAAGACAUUUCUUCUUGGCCAGCAUGGACUGGAGGAAUGAUUGUAGUGACUGGAUGUGCAUGUGAGGACUGUUCAAAUGCAGAGCUGAUAAAAGAUGAGCUAAUUCUUUGAAACUGUUUGCUCUGUUCGGAAGAGGUGAACAUCGCAUAGUCUGCAAAACUGCUAUUUGUCAAACUUACAGGUGUCUGUUCUUUUUAAAUAUGAUUUGUGAACGUAAUGUUUUACCUCAAGAACAGUUCUGUUAAGUUCUUCACUAUUUGGUACUUCUGUUGUUAAGAUAUGAUUAAUAAAUAGAGGAUUUCAUAGAGGAUUCUGUAUGUUUUGAGGCCUGGGAACAAGUUUGUAUGUUUCUGAGGGAGGGCAAUGUACAAAAUGGUGUUUUGUUUUUUUUAUAUAAAUUUCCCUUUACAGCACAUUUAUGAACAGUCUGAAAUGCUUGCAAUAUGGAGAAGUCAAAUUGGCAUAUCAUUUUCUACAAAUAGUGGUGCUGAUCUAUAUUUCAUUAAUGCUCAUGUGAUCAAUCUGUUGCAUUUAUUACAUCAGUACCUGUUAUUGGUUCACAUGUCCUUAUUAGAUUGUGCUUGUUAUGAUUUAACAUCCUGUCGCUGUCAUUUCAUCGAGACAAAACAGUGAAACAGUGAGUCAUGUCCAACUACUACACUGCCGAGAAAAUCCAAGCUCAUGUAUAUACGCUUUUUGUAUUUUGAAACUAGUCUAAUGCAUGUAAGACUACAGAAUGACCGAAGCUGAACUUCUGUACAUAUCAUCUGUAUAAAUUCCAGGGUUUUCUUAAGAAACAAACAUGGUGAAUAUAAAAUAAAGUCAAACUCUUUGCAGCGCA